AAGUCAAGUGUGUCUAAAUAUAAUUUUUUAAAUAGAACUAUACCUUUUCAGUUUUCGAAUCUUUAGUAAUUUCUUGAUUACCGUUUUUUUUUUCAAUUAAAUUUUAUCUAAUGAAAAAUUUUGAAGUAUUGUGAAACUGAAUGAAUAAUAGUAGAUCAAUUUAUUUCCCUUACAUAUUCAAUUAUAUUCGUCGUAUUUCAGAUGAAGUAAAAAAAAAUAUAAAAAUGAGAGUUUUAAAUGUAGCUGAAAAAAAUGAUGCUGCAAAAAAUAUUGCUGGUUAUUUAUCAAACGGAAAUUGCCAAAGGAGAGAAGGUAUUUCUAAAUUCAAUAAAAUUUAUGAAUUUAAUCAUACAUUUAGAGGAUCACCAUGUACAAUGGUAAUGACAUCUGUUUCUGGACAUUUAUUGGGAUUUGAAUUUCAAGGACCUUAUCGUUUGUGGAAUUCUUGUUCCCCAUUAGAUUUAUUUAAUGCACCAGUUAUAAAAGAAUGUCCCAAAAAAUUUGUUGACAUAAAGAAUACAUUAGUAAGAGAAAUUCGAACUUGUAAUGCUUUAGUUAUAUGGACUGAUGCUGAUAGAGAAGGAGAAAAUAUUGGUUUUGAAAUUAUCCAAGUUUGUAAAGAAGUAAAUCCUAAUAUUCAAGUAUAUAGAGCUAUAUUAUCGGAAAUUACAAAACAAUCGGUACAAAGGGCAAUAAAUAAUUUAGGAUAUCCAAACAAAAAUAUAAGUGAUGCAGUUGAUGUCAGAAGUGAAUUAGACUUAAGGAUUGGUGCUGCAUUUACUCGUUACCAAACUUUGCGUUUGCGUAAUGUAUUUCCAGAUGUAUUAGCCAACAGCUUAAUUAGUUAUGGAAGCUGUCAAUUUCCUACUUUAGGUUUUGUUGUUGAACGAUAUAAAGAUAUUCAAAACUUUAUUCCUGAACAGUUUUGGAAAAUAAAAGUGAACCAUAAAAUUGGAGAAGUAGACAUUGAAUAUGCAUGGCAUCGUGUAAGAUUGUUUGAUGAAUUAUUCUGUAAAGUAUUAUUUGAACGGUGUUUAGAAAAUCAAAUGGCGCAUAUCUUAAAUGUUAUUAAAAAACCAAAAUCUAAGUGGCGACCUGUACCUCUUGAUACUAUAGAACUUGAAAAAACUGCUAGUCGAAAACUUGGAAUAAAUGCUAAAGAAACUAUGAAAAUUGCAGAAAAACUCUACAGUCAAGGAUACAUAAGUUAUCCUAGAACCGAAACUAAUAUAUUUCCAAAAGAACUAAAUUUAAAUAACUUAGUUCAAUUACACAUUGAAGAUAACAAUUGGGGUACCUUUGCUGAAAAAGUUUUACAUGAUGGUCCUUCUCCACGACAAGGUAAAAAAUCUGAUCAAGCUCAUCCUCCUAUUCACCCUACAAAAUAUACAAAUGGUCUUCAAGAUCCCAAAGAUCGUAAAGUUUAUGAAUAUAUUGUCAGACAUUUUUUAGCAUGUUUAUCAAAAGAUGCUCAAGGACAAGAAACUAUUGUUAACAUUGAAAUUAACGGAGAAAAGUUUUCAGCUUCAGGACUACAAAUUAUAGCUUUAAACUAUCUAGAAGUAUAUAUUUAUGAAAAAUGGUCAAAUAAAUUGAUGCAUGAAUAUAAUCAAGGUGAAACUUUUAUGCCUACUCGAUUGGAAAUGACUGAUGGUCAAACCAGCGCACCUAACCUUCUUACAGAAUCUGACCUCAUAACAUUAAUGGAUAAACAUGGCAUUGGCACUGAUGCUACACAUGCUGAACACAUUGAAACUAUUAAGUCACGUUUAUAUGUGGGCCUGGAAAAUAAUAAAUAUUUUGUUCCUGGUGAACUUGGAAUUGGUCUUGUAGAAGGAUAUGAUAAUAUGGGAUUUGAAAUGUCUAAACCACGUUUAAGAUCUGAACUUGAAGCCGAUUUAAAAAGGAUAUGUGAGGGAACUAAAUCAUCAGAUAUUGUUCUUAAAGAACAAAUAGCCAAGUAUAAAGAAGUAUUUAUUAAGACAACAGAACAAGUAGAAAAAUUAGAUCAAUCAUUAGGAAAAUACCUUAGAGCACAGCCAAUAGCAUACCAUAGUAAUCAAUCUUUGACAUUAAAAGAUGUUUGUAAAUGUCCUGCUUGUAAACAAUUUUCAUUGAUAUUAAAAGAACGUCAUAACAACCAAGGAUUUUAUAUCUCUUGUAAUGGAUAUCCAACAUGCAGAAAUACAUAUUGGUUUCCUCCUAAUGUAAUUGGAGCAACUGUUAUUGAUAAUGUGUGCCCAGAGUGUUCUGGAAAUGUAAAAUUAAUAAAUUUCCAAUUCAGUGAUAGAAGCAUGCGACCACAUUUUCCAAAUAAUUUUACCGGUUGCAUUAAUGGUUGUGAGUCGAGAUUAAGUGAAAUACUUCAAGUAAAUUUGUCUCGUCCAGCUACAAAUUUUAAUUCUAUAAAUACUAGUAGAAAUAAUCAAUCAAGCUCAAAUUAUAAUAAUGUACUAAGAAUAAAUACUCAACAACAUUCAAAUAAUAAUCUAGGACUAGGAUCACAAUACAACAACAAUGAUAUUCAUAGCUCCAAUGUUCAACAAUAUCAAAGAAAUAGUCACCAAAGACCUACAUCACAAUAUAACAACACUGGCCCAGGACGUGGAAAUAGUGCUCAACAAUAUCAAACCAAUAAUUCUCAUAGGUCAGCUUCAACACCAUCCAUCAAUACAGAUCAAGUUUGCUGUAAUUGUGGUGAAGGUGCAAAAUUAUUGACAGUUACUAAAAAUACACCAAAUAAAGGACGCCAAUUUUAUGGGUGUUCAAAACCUAUAUCUCAAUCUAAUAGAUGUACAUUUUUUCUCUGGGCUGAUCAGUCAGCAUCUACUGUUUCAACUACUCAACCUCCUUAUAGAAAUAACAACAAUAGAAGUUUUCAAAACAGUACGUUUAGAGCUAGAAAUAAUCAAUCAAGUAGUAGUGGUCAAGGACAAAGGAAGUGUGGUAAUUGUAAACAAACAGGUCAUACAAGAAGAAAUUGCCCACAAAUAUCUUAAAAACGAGAUGUUUUUUUAUGGUUAGGACAUCUAAGAAUAGACCUAUUUAUUAUAAAAAGCUUAUUAUAACAGAAUUAUUUAUAUUAUAAAUAAAUUUAAGUAAAUCUAAAGACUCAAUGUGUGUUUAAUUUGUAUUGAAAUUAUACAAUAUUAAUGUAACAUAUUUAUUAUGAAUUACUCAUAUAAUUUCUGAUGUGUUCUUAAAUAUACUUUAAAAAUUGUUU